AUGGCGAGUCUUUCGCAGGGCCUCAUUGAGGCCAUCCACGCCUCACCGGUGCGGUGCGUGUUGUACGUCGCGGGUGCGGGGAGCUCAGCCAUCGCCCAACUCGCCGGAGUCGCGGGGUGCUCGCGGACGCUGCUGGACGCCCGCGUGCCCUACGCCGUCGCCACCACCGCCCAUAUGUUGGAUGAUCGGCCGUCAAAGUUGGUUGCGGCGCCGGUGGCGCGCCAGCUUGCGCAGCACGCCUACCACUGCGCCGUAGACUACAGCGGCGGGGACGAUGGAACGAUUGUCGGCAUCGGCUCCACCGCCGCCGUGCAGACGAAUCGCACGAGGCACGGUAAGGACUGCGCGUUUGUGGCGGCGUGGUGCCAGCGGCAUGUGGUGGAGUUUGCCUUGGAGCUGCCGGGGCACCUCCCACGCGCCGAGCAGGAGGGGCAGGUGACGCUACUGCUGCUCAAGGCCCUGGCGGAGUGCGCCAACGUCCCCUUCGAGAUUUCUCUUGCGGUGCAGCCGACCCGGCAGUGCUACACGGUGCCGGCCUCCCCGCUCCGGUGCCUCCUGCAGGGGGAGACGGGAUUUGUCGUCUUCAACGCCCACGGGGAGGUGCGUGCGCCACUUGUGCCCUACGCGGCGGAGUCCUCUGCCACGGCAGCCCCCGAGGCCUCAAUGCGGCAGUUGUUGUUUCCCGGCUCAUUUCGUCCGCUGCACUGGGGGCAUACGGAACUGGCGCGGGCGGCGUCGCGAACGGUGGCGACGACGGCGGAGCAACUACGCAGUGCGAACGCAGCCGCGUCAACUGCGUCCUGCAGUGCGGCCGAGCUCCGUCGCGUCCGGGUGACGUAUGAGAUUUCGGUGGACAACGCAGACAAGGGCAUCAUCGAGUCGGAGGUGGAACUUGAGAAGCGGAUAGAGCAAUUUCUAGAGCGCGGGGCGCGGGUGGCUGUGACACGGGCCCGACUCUUCACCGAGAAGGCCCUGCUGUUUCCGGGGCACGGCUUUAUUGUGGGCAUCGACACCAUGAAGCGUAUUCUUGAUCCAAGGUAUUACGACAACUCAACGGAGGCUAUGCUGCACGCCAUGCAAGCUGUUCGGCAGCAGGGCUGCUACUUUGUGGUGGCUGGCCGCGCUUCAGGGGAGGGUGAUGCGGUGUGGGAAGACUUGACAUGCAUUGACGUGCCGGCGGAAGUGCGGUCCAUGCUCAUUCCCAUUCAGCAGGGCGACUUCCGCGUGGAUGUGAGCUCGACGGCGUUGCGAAAGCGGGGUGGGUGGAACUGCCAAUAG